GUGACGUUUUAUUGGAGCGACUGCGACGGAUUCGGAAGAUAAAUCGAGCUCGUUUGUUGGGGCAUUUGUUGUAUUUUUGUACAAAACAGAGCAAGAUGCCCAAAGUAAAGAGGAGUCGAAAACCUCCCCCAGAUGGAUGGGAGCUCAUUGAGCCCACUUUGGACGAGCUGGAUCAGAAAAUGAGAGAAGCUGAAACAGAGCCUCACGAGGGAAAGCGAAAGGUGGAGUCCCUUUGGCCGAUUUUCAGACUGCAUCACCAGCGGAGUCGAUACAUCUACGACCUUUUCUACAAACGAAAAGCCAUCAGUAGAGAGCUAUACGAGUACUGUAUAAAAGAAGGUUAUGCAGACAAGAACCUGAUUGCCAAGUGGAAGAAACAGGGCUACGAGAACCUUUGCUGCCUGCGUUGCAUUCAAACACGAGACACCAACUUUGGAACCAACUGCAUCUGCAGAGUGCCCAAGAGCAAGCUAGAAGUCGGAAGGAUCAUUGAAUGCACCCACUGCGGAUGCCGAGGAUGUUCUGGCUAAGCUGCAGUUUUUGGACUUGCAAAUCAUUUUCUGUUGGACAUCGUGCCUCACGCAGGCUCCAUCCUCACAACUUGGAGGCAACAUUGUUCUUUUUUUUUUUCAGUGAGCGACAUCAUUAUCAUCCUCAGCUGCCCUAGUAGGGGAUCAUUAUUUGGUAUUCUUCUAUUUCUAAACCCGAGGGAGCAAUAGAGAAUACACUGAAAGGGGCCAUAUUGUCUUAAUUACAUUAGUUGUUCUGUCUUCUUUUUAUACCUAACUAAAGCCCUCAACGAUUAAACUUUAAUCUAGGGAAUUCAGAUUAGUUAUUUCUAGAUCAGGCUGGUCAUUCCAGAUAGUCACACCCACUGUGAAGCUCAUUUCAAAUGUGUUUUACUUUACCUAAAGAGGGCUCAGAAGGAAAUGAUUUCCAUUUGACAUGUCAUUGCUUUACAUCUUAGAGCUUUUACGUCAUCGCUGUUGUUGUGCUAUAAUUUUAAAUAAAACAUUUCAGAUUCA